AUGGCUUCAAGCAGGCUCCUCGCUCCCAGACUCUCUAACCCUGCGCGUCUGCGCCCGGUCCCUGUCUCCCUCCGCCCUCAGCUGCGGACCAAGGCCACCGUGCCUUUCAGACUGCCGGACCCCCGCAACGAGCCUAACCCUGAAUACAAACGAGGAUCGCCCGAGCGGGCAAAGGUCGAGGAAGCCCUCGUCAAGCUGCGCUCGCAACUCCCCGUGCAGAGCGAGAUCUUCUACAACGGCCAGACACAGAGUAUCGCCAAGUCGUGGGACCAGCCUCUGCCCGCUGAACAUGGCACGCCCUUCACAAACUACCCCGUGGCCACCAAGGAGCAGGUCUCCGCUGCUAUUGAGUCGGCUCUGAAGGCCAAGAAGGACUGGGAGAACACGCCCUUUGUCGACCGCGCGUCCAUCUUCCUCAAGGCGGCCGAGCUGGUCACUGGCAAGUACCGAUACGAGCUGAUUGCGGCGACGAUGCUUGGCCAGGGCAAGAAUGUCUGGCAGGCUGAGAUUGACGCUGCUGCUGAGACGGCCGAUUUCUGGCGCCAGAACUGCAACUUUGCUGCGGAGCUCCUGGAGAGACAGCCAACCCGGGGGUCUGACGGGAUGUGGAGUCGCAUGGAGUACCGCCCCCUUGAAGGGUUCGUGUAUGCCAUCUCCCCCUUCAACUUCACAGCCCUCGGAGGCGCCCUGCUCUCAGGCCCCGUCCUGAUGGGCAACGUCGUGCUCUGGAAGCCCUCGCCCUCCAACAUCUACGCCAGCACGCUCCUCUACAAGAUCCUGCUCGAGGCCGGCCUCCCCAAGGACGUCGUGCAGUUCGUGCCCGGCGACGCCGAGGAGAUCACCAACAUCGCCCUGGCGCACAACGACUUCGCCGGCCUCAACUUCAUCGGCUCCUCCGACGUCUUCCGCUCCAUCUACGCAAAGAUCGGCGAGGGCAUCGGCAAGAAGACGUACCGCGAGUUCCCCCGCAUCGUCGGCGAAACCAGCGGCAAGAACUUCCACCUCGUGCACAACUCCGCCGACAUCCCCAGCGUCGUCAACCACACCAUCCGCGGCGCCUUCGAGUACCAGGGCCAGAAGUGCUCUGCCACGUCUCGCGCCUACAUCCCAGCCUCGCGCGCCGAGGAAUUCAUCUCCCUCCUUAAGGCCGGCGUCAACGAAAUCACCAUCGGAAACCCCGACAAGGACCUCGAGGCCUUCAUGGGCCCCGUCAUCCACGAACGCUCCUUCAAGAACAUCACCUCCGUCAUUGACAAGGCCAACAAGGACCCCUCCCUCAAGCUCAUCGCCGGUGGUACCUACGAUGGCUCCGUCGGCUACUACGUCAACCCCACCGUCUACCAGACCGACUCGCCCGACCACCGCCUCUUCAACGAGGAGAUCUUCGGCCCCGUCCUGGCUAUCUACGUCUACCCCGACGCCGAGUGGAGCGAGCUCCUCCCCAAGGUCGACGCCGGCGGUGGCGGCUUCGCUCUGACUGGUGCUGUGUUCGCCAGUGACCGCAAGGUCAUCCGGGAGGCGGAGGAUGCGCUCCGCUACUCGGCUGGUAACUUCUACAUCAACUGCAAAACAACCGCCGCCCUCAUCGGGCAACAGUCCUUCGGUGGCUCGCGCGCCAGUGGCACCAACGACAAGGCCGGUAGCUCUGAUGUGCUUCGUCGCUUCACUAGUCCGCGUAUGAUCAAGGAGGAGUUUAACCCCCUGCACGGCUUCAAGUACCCAAGCAACCACUAA